UUUGAGCAAGAGAGCCUGUACCCUCUCACCAUUGAGCUAGCGCCGCUGGGUCCCUGUUUUCAUGUGUAUACUCGCGGCUGAGUCGUCUGCCAUCCGAUGCCUUCAGUGAUGAGCUGGCCCAUUCCGAGGGCUCCGCUUAAAUGAAGGCGGCCGAGAAGUUAGGUUUGGCUCGUGCGGUAAGACUUAAGAUCUUCGUCGGAACGCUGCUGUACCUGGGCAAGAACUACCCGAAGGGUUACGACUACUUCCGCGACAAGUUGCGGAUGGCGUUCGACAAGAACAAGGGCGUGACGGACCCGCAGCAGAUCCAGGAGCUGCUCGGCAAGUGUGACAACAUCGCCAGGGAGCUGGAGACGCUCUACAUGAUGCGUCAGUACCGCGUCGUCAACAAGCGCUUUCGGGAGGAUCCCCGCAAGCAGCGCUCCUCCAUGUAGAGGCGGCGGCGGGCGCGUCGCCUCUCCGCUCGAGCCUCGCUCGGGCCCCCAGAGGCGAGUCCGCGUCCGUGGAGAGCCGCAGAGCCGCGGGGCCGGGCCGCCGCCUCGGGCUCCCGAUACUCGGUGCUUGCCUCGGCGCCGAGGCAAGCACGGAGACCGGUCUCGGCCUUGGCUUCCGCCGGCCCUGGAACGCGCCGUCGCAGCGCGUCCUCAGGGGCUGCGACUCGCGUGUUAGAGGAAGCCAUGCCGGUGCUUCGUGACUCGACUCGCGCGAGUUGUAGUUCGAGUCGGCUGAGUCCCGGCGCCGCCACAGCGAUGCUGGCACGGCUGGCGAGCCGCGGCGUGGAACGCCGGGGUGACUGGAGCCGCCGCCGCCGCGGGGCCUCACUGGAGCAACUGGGGCCACUCGGCGGCGCGCGCUCCGACCCGUUUGUACUUAGCGCUGUGAGGACUGGGAGGUGGCGCAUGACUGAGGGGGGCGGCUGAGGUGCAGAACCGGUUGACCGCCAGAUUGUAGAGGUUCAGUUUGUGCAACUGCCGUCUACUUGCCAAGCGAUCUGUGGACUGUUUUGAUGCCCAUUUAAGCGUUCGAAGCCAUGUAUUGUCAUCGACCAUUGAGCCCCGAUCAUAUGUACUGCUUUAUAUCUGUCUGUGACGUGGUGCGUGUUUGGCAAUGGCAACUCACAUAUGGCUCAGGGAUGCGGUGCGUUCGCACGUGGCAUUGGACACAGUCCUCUUAACGUGAGUGCGCACAAAAUGUACAUGCGUGUGUUGGUAAAUAAACAUAUUUUGAUGCGUAAGCUUAAAAA